UUUUUUAAGCAAAUUUAUUCAUUUUAUUAUUAGAAUUCAUGUAAAAAUGUAUUUUCUUCCAUCAGAAGUUCAACUAGAUAUAUUCAAAUAUCUCAAUUUUAAGCAAUUAUUAAAUUUUCAACAAACAAAUUGUUAUCUCAAAAAUUUUAUCAAUGAAUACGAGGGGGAAUUGGCACGGAAGGAAUUCUAUAAACUCGACUUUUGGACAUGGGCAAUAGAAAAAUCAAUCCCUAUGUUUUUAAAUGCUAAUGAUGCAAAAAGAGAAAGUGUUAUUUGUGUAUUGGAACAAGUUCACUAUUGUAAACUGGAACGUGAACCAAAACGAGAAUUUUACAAUAUACGGUUGCCAGACUUUCCAAAAACUAUAGAAGACAUGAAAAUUGCUCGUUAUUUUUUCCAACAAAUAUUUAAUUAUUUCUUUAAAUCUGUCAAUUUUUAA